AGUUUAAAUACAGGAUCUUUUUUUAAACCUCUUGCCUUAAGUUUUUAAAUGGAUAUAUGAUAUACCCGUACAUAUGGUAACAAGUGAAAAUUAAUGAUAAAAUGUGUUCUUUUCAAUGGUUGUAAUAUAAAUGUGCUUGUGACAGUUCUUUAUAGGAUGAAAUUAAAAUACAGAAUAGGAAGUGUUCAGACUGAUUAUAGAUCUAUGUUGAAUGAACUGGUGCAUACAUGUAUAUGAGAAUAAAUGAAUGAGGAUGUAUUUGGAAUCUGAAAAAAAUGCUCAGACAAUGUUCACCUUACAGGAAUCUGAAUAAGUGUGUUUAGUUCUAUAAGCAGGUGCACAUGUACUUAAUGGAAAUCUGAGAAAUUGUGUUUAGUUUUAUAAGCAGGUGCUCAAUAAUUGUACUUUAUGGGAAUCUGGAAACAAGUGUUUAGUUCUAUAAUCAAGUGCACGUGUACUUAAUGGGAAUCUAAAAACUGUUCAGUUACAUGAUAUAAGUAGGUACACAAAGUUGUGCACUUUUUAGGAAUCUGAGAAAUAGUGUUUAGUUCUAUAAGGAGGUGCACAUUAUACUUUAUGGAACUCUGAAAACAACUGUUAAAUUCUAUUAGCAGGUGCACAUGUACUUUAUGAGAUGAAAUACAUUAAAUCUGAAAAAAGUGUUCAGACAGAUAGAGGGGACAUGGUUUACUCUCAGUCAGCCAUGGAUAGAACUCAAUCUGGAGUAUCAACACGAACAAAUUACUACAGUAUACCAGAUGAAAGUCAUUCACAGUCACAGUCACUGUCGAGAGAAUGGGACCCACAGGGAGGAAAGAUGUCUCCUGCUCGGAGAACUUUCUGUUUGUUCACGACAUUUGAUCUUAUUCUAACUUUCAUUCUUUGGGUUAUAUAUACACAAUUGAUAGGGAAAACACCCAUUUGGAAGGCAUUUGAAGACCAAGUUUUCAACUACACUUUUCAGGCAUCAUUGUUUGAUACAGUGAUGAUUUCUACGGCUAGGUUUACAUUUAUUAUGCUGGCAUAUGCUCUUUUUAGAAUAAGUCACUGGUGGGUUAUAGCUAUAUCAACUAGUAUGACAUGUAUAUAUCUACUUUUUAAAUGUUUUUUGUUUGAGUUCAAUGAUUCUUUAUUAGGUGGAAAGAAUCCACUCAGUUAUAUAGUAUUAAUAGUGUGCUUUGUAUUGGCUUGGAUUGAAACGUGGAUGCUGGACUUCAAGGUUGUACCUACAGAAAAAAGAUUAAGACAUAGAACUCACCACUCGGACGAUGAAAGAGAACCAUUACUGUCCCACCAACGUUCAGACAGGUACUCAGUAGAAGAUACAAGGGAAUUUUAUUCACCUGUUAACACGCCUGAAGGAUCUGAAGAUGAAGGGGAUCAUCUUCAUGGAGUUCAACAUGGUCAUAGUACUCACCAUCACAACCAUCAUCACCAUCACCGCCGCCACCAUGACCAGAGUUCAAUCACGAGUAGUACCAGCAGAAAGGCAAGUGAUGCUUCACUGUAUAGUGUGACUAGUACCAUUAGUUCUGCGGAUGCAGAACACUACAAUCAAUUACUUGAUGAAGCAAAAUCGGCUCUUCUUGAAAUGAUUAGUAUGGAUGGGUGGAAAUUAGAAACGGGUAAAAAUCUGCAAGAAGGGAUUAUAUACAGUCAAAACAUCAAAAAAUUUGGCAGGAAAAUCUUCAAACUUCAGGGUGUAAUUGACAUGGCUCCACAUGAUCUCUGGCAAGAUAUGGUGAAUACCUUAAAUGACUCUCCGAAAUGGAACCCAACUAUACUGGAAAGUAGAACGCUUCAGGUAAUAGAUGACAAUACUGAAAUAACGUACAACAUAUCGGCUGAGGCUGCUGGCGGCCUCGUCUCGGCACGAGAUUUUAUAAAUGUUCGCCAAUGGCUGCAGAUAGAACCAGACAUGUAUAUAUCAUAUGGUAUAGGUUGUCCUCAUGCAGAUAUGCCUGUGCAGAAAAAAUAUGUGAGAGGAGAUAAUGGUCCCGGAGGUUGGGUAUUUGAGAGCGUGGAGAAUGAACCAGAUCGGUGCUUGUUUACGUGGAUAGUAAACACUAAUCUUAAGGGUUGGCUGCCGCAAGCUGCAAUAGACCAGGCCAUGUCAGGAGUUCUAGUGUCGUAUUUCAAAUUAUUAGUAGACCACUACAAAGAAAUAAUAGCUCAAAGAACUAAUGGAUUAUAGCCUCAUUAGAAACCCAGCCAGUACUGUAAACUGGUCUUUAGCUUUCUGUGAUAGGUCAAUUUAGAUCAAAGAUUUUAUUCACCACAUACACCAAAGGAGAAGUAUACAUGAUGAUAAUUAUAGUGUUGGCUGGAUGUUGUAUGGACAGAUGACUGCAUUCAUCAGUAUAUGUUGGAUAAUACUAUAUAUCCUCUGUUAACAACACUUCUAAGUUGGAAAUACAGAACAACACUAAUCGCUUGAAGUGGAAAGGACAUGAGCAAAACGUGCGACUUACGUAUGAUUUUAAGCAAUCCAGUCAUAGACAGUAUAAGUUUAAAUGGUCAGGGAUAACAUGAAUUAUUCAUGUCAGUGUUUCUUUGUAUCUUCCUACAGAAGCAAAAAAUCAUUAGACCUGUGAACUGAGGCCACCUUCUUUUAAUUAUAGCUAGAUUUAUUUCCUAACAUAUGCAUAAAGACCACCUGUGAACAGAAGCUACCCAGCUUUAAUUAUCACAGGAUUAAUUUCCUGCUUCAAAAAUGGCAGUUUUUUUCAACCGUUGCAUAAAGACCACCUGUAGACAGAGAGUAUUUCAUGACAGGUCUUUUAAUACAGGUUUGACUGUAUUACUUUGUGUUAACAACAUAAUCAAGUAGCAAUUCUUUUCAAAAAAAACAAAACAGGUAUACAGACCACCUUAAAUCUGAAUAAAAAACUCUUCGCUUUAAAGGCCACUUGAUGCUUUUUCAAUUUAAACCUUUAGGUAUAGACAAUUGCAAAUAAAAGCCACUCAAGGCUCUGUCAAGAAUGGCUUUUAUAUACAGGUUUCACUGUAUUUUCUAUCUAGUUGCUUGUAAGAUUUUAGAGAUUAAUAGUAUUCAUGUAGAUUAACAAAAUUGUUGUACUUCCAUUACCCAUCGCAUAGAUGGAAUUGUCUAUGAUCAUUAAAUUGUUUUUUGUCUGUUGUUGAAGAGAUUAGAAUAAAAAUAUUGUUCAGAUAUACAGAAUGGCUAUAGAUAAUUUCACAUUGUUUAUUGUGCCCUCCCUUCAAAGAAGAUGGGGGUAUAUUGUUUUGCUCAUGUUGUGUGAUUCAUCCGGUGUCGAUUUAUGAUCAGUAAUAAAAGAGUGCUUACCUGGCGAUAGCCUGCAGUCAGCAGAUGACUGACCACAUUGUUCUAGGGUCAAAGGUCUAGGUUAUAGUAACAUCGAGACUGAAAACAGUUUUUAGUAAUUAAUUAAAGAGAACGCUUGGACCUGCAGAUGCCAGAAACUCGUAGGAUGAUUACCUCAGGUCAGUAGAAGAUCUUAAAUUGAAAGAUCAUUAGGUCAGAUGUCAUGGACUCUGUGGCCUUUAGGCUGAAAACAUUUUUCCCACUUUGACAUACAUCAGUCAGCAUUCAUAAAAUUAUAUAUCCAGUGAAUAGUAGAUGAUCCCUCUUGUUCUAGAAUUCCUCUUGUGUCAGGAACAUUUGAUCAAAGGUCAAGGUCAAAGAAUGAUUCAGAGUGAAAAUUACAUGGAAAAAAGUUACUGCCAACAGAACAUUAUAUGGGGGGAGAGGGUUGUGUGAGGGGGCAUAAAUUAUGUGUUUUACAAAUUGGACAAAUUUCUGAGAUUCUCCACUCUUUGAUUGAACUUCUAGGCAAAGAUCAAUGAACAAAUUGUAUACAGAUUGUUUAUAGUUGACAUAUAUAUUAUAUUUCAUGCAUCACUGUUACAUUGUUUUUAUCUAUUACACUGUAUUCAUAGUGAUUUCAGGUGACUGUAUAGUUAUAUUUUGUUUAUAUCAGACUUGAUGUUUUAUUUCUUUUCAAAAAGUCACAACUGUCAGUUACUCUUAUCAAGUGUUCUUAGUUAAUAGUUUAUGUCAUUUCAAAAUUCACAUGUUCAGUACAUGCAUAUAUGUGUACCUCAGUGAAUUGUUGAGAAUUGGGUAUGUUUGUAGAAUGAAUUAAAAGUAUAUGAUUUUCUGAAGUUUCAUUGAGUCAUAAUGACGUACAAUAUUGUCUAAGUUUCAACAAUGAUGGCAAAACACAUUUUACAUCCCAGAUACUGGAUGAUAAUAAAUAACCUUGUAAUCAACUACAUUUAUGAAUAAAAUUUAAUGCAUACACUCAUAUACUACUACAGUAAUGAAAUUAGUGCAGACAAAAAUUGAGCCGUGCCAUGAGAAAACCAACAUAGUGGGUGUGCGACCAGCAUGGAUCCAGACCAGCCUGAGCAUCCGCGCAGUCUGGUCAGGAUCCAUGCUGUUCGCUUUUAAAGCCUACUGCAAUUAGAGAAACCAUUAGCGAACAGCAUGGAUCCUGACCAGACUGCGUGGAUGCCCAGGCUGGUCUGGAUCCAUGCUGGUCGCAAACCCACUAUGUUGAUUUUCUCAUGGCGCGGCUCAAUUGUUUAAUUAAUUCUCUGUCAUUAGUAGUACAAGUGUAAUACAUUAUGCAAGGAAGAGAAUGUGUCUGGUUGCCGGCACCCGAGUAGGAAUAUCGGACUCUCAGAUUGUUGAUUUGAUGGCAGCUUGGCAGAGCCUUUUUGUUACCGUACUACAGCUAUGAGCAUAACAUUCCAUCCACACUCAUAACCAGUUACAGAUUCUUAUUAAUGUUACCAAGCCUGCCAGUUACCAAGAUUUUCUACACACGUUUUAAAUUUUUUGGUUCAGCAUUAAAUUAAAGAAGAAUUAUCAAUAAUAAAAAACGUUAUCAGUUAGAGAUUUCUGUAUUCUAAACCAAAGUGAAAACUUACAAAAAUCAACGAAUAAUGUGAUGAAACACAGUUAUUUUUAAAUUUUAUUUUGAAAUCGAUUUAAGCUAUUUGACAUCAUUGUUUGGUUAUAUUGACACUACCAUAUUUGGUAUUUAUAAGUUAAAAUAAGAAAGUAUUAUUUUGUUAGUCAAAAUGAAAUUUUCAGUGUUACUGGGGUACCUCAACUGUAAAUUGUAUCUUGAACUAAAAUCCUUUUAUUCUAUUUAAUAAGAUGGCUAUAUCUUUUUGUUUGAUUUUUGUAACAGUUUUUUCCCACUUGUUUUCAAUGUAAUGUUUUGAAAUAUUGCUUUUUGAAAUAGUAAGUUUUUGACAUUUUCACCUUUUAGCAAGGUCAGUAGAAGUUAGGUUGAUUUAAAUACAAUUUGAAUGCACUGCAAUAUAUUUCAGACCUCAAGAUUGUAAAUAAAAUCUUGCUUUAUACAUAAUAUGUAUGAAUGUUUUUCUGUUUCAUGUUUGCAACUGAAAAUGCAAUAGGACUUUUUUGGUGCAAAAUGUAAAUUUCAGUACACAAUAUUUUAUGAAUAUUUAUAUAUUGAUAAUUAAAUGUAUGUAUGUUUAGUAACAGGAUUGCUAUUUAUGCAGAUUUUAAGUGACAUGCCCCUAGAUUUGUGCAAUUUUUCAAAAAAUUUCUUUAGUGGUUUCAUGUUAAUAAAGAAUUUAAUGAUAAUGAUUCAGUGAGUUCUAGGGGAUACUGGUUUCCCAGUAGUUUCCGGACCCAAGUAGUUUUCCGGACCUUUCACAUUUCGUACUGUAUAGACUUUAUGCCAUAGUAAAACAUCUGGGUAACAAUAUCAUAUUAUCUAGACAUUUGUUGCCUUUACCUAGCAGCGAAAACCUAGCAUUACCAAACUUAUUUAUUAUUUGAAAAUCCUGGUUGUUUUAACUUACUUUGAUGUAAUGUUUACAAAAGUGAUUGUCAUCCGCAGGGGAAUUCCAGUUACAGUGCGCAUGCGCAGAAAUUGAGGUCCCUUGAAGGUAAACAUCAGUCAAUUGAUGCUCCCGUUUAAAGACUACAGCAAAAACAUACUGAUAGUAAUAAAAUAAAACAACGAAAGUCAGAAAAAUUCGACCUUUUCUUUUAACUACGGCAUUCAAUCAUCGAUUAAAAAUAGGAACCAAAAUAGACAGGGAUUUACCUAUUAUACCGUCUAUCAAUCAAAUUUUUAGCAUCAGUGUCCAUGCCCGAGUGGUCAGGGCGUUAGACUACCAAUUCUGAGACCGGACUUGUUGUUUUUUAGAAAAUAGUUGUUAAUUGUAUUAAAAGUUCUUAAUUUCUUUUUUGUAAUAUUGCCAGUUUGCUCAAUACAUCCCGUCAUUUUAGCGUGAUGUUAAUAUUAAUGGAAUUAAUUGCCCUCUUUGAGGCCUCAUCUACAUUUGUGUUAUGAACGCAAGUGUAAUAAGAAUUCUACAUGGUGUUAAUGAAGAACCUAGGUUUUUUCUGUGAAAAUUUUAUGUGUCUACUAUGUUUUGUUUGAAAGUUACAGGCAAAAAAUAGCGAUUUCGGUCUGGAAACUACUGGGAAAUCAGUAUGUAUAUGAAAUAUGCAAAGUAAUGUUGAAUACAUAGAGAAACUGUCAAAAGUGUGUGCCACACACACAAGAAUAGAAGAAAUCUAAGUGAACUUGUGUAACAUAAGCUUGUGAAUAGUUUGUUUGUGGGGCUACAGGUCACACCAACACAAAUUAGUCAGCAGAUAUAACAUUGAUUUAUCAUUUCAGUAUUUUGUAAUAUUUGUAAUAUAUUUUUAUCCUAUUUUGAAUGAUACUAGAUUUUUAUGUUUAUCUUCAAGCAUGUCCCUUUAAUUCUAAUCUGUAUGCUAUUAGGUAGUAUUUUUUGGUAGACCAUUGCAAACAGCAAUUGACUGAUUAAAUAUGUGGGAAGUUGUUUUUUUGGAUUGGCUGACAACAAAUGAGGCCCAGAAUAUUUUAUUAUUUCACUUAUUAAAUUUUUUAUGCAUACAGUUUCUCUGACUUACUGUUUUGUAGGUUCUUUUUCUACAAAGUAUAUUUUACUUACAUGUUGUCUGUAAUAUGUUUUUUUAGCUCACCUGUCACAAAGUGACAAGGUGAGCUUUUGUGAUCACGCGGUGGCCGUCGUCCGUCCGUGCGUCCGUAAACUUUUACUUGUGACCACUCUAGAGGUCACAUUUUUCAUGGGAUCUUUAUGAAAGUUGGUCAGAAUGUUCAUCUUGAUGAUAUCUAGGUCAAGUUCGAAACUGGGUCAUGUGCCAUCAAAAACUAGGUCAGUAGGUCUAAAAAUAGAAAAACCUUGUGACCUCUCUAGAGGCCAUAUAUUUCAUAACAUCUUCAUGAAAAUUGGUCAGAAUGUUCACCUUGAUGAUAUCUAGGUCAAGUUCGAAACUGGGUCACGUGCCAUCAAAAACUAGGUCAGUAGGUCUAAAAAUAGAAAAACCUUGUGACCUCUCUAGAGGCCAUAUUUUUCAUGAGAUCUUCAUGAAUAUUGGUCAGAAUGUUUACCUUGAUGAUAUCUAGGUCAAGUUCGAAACUGGGUCACAUAGGGUCAAAAACUAGGUCAUUAGGUCUAAAAAUAGAAAAACCUUGUGACCUCUCUAGAGGCCAUAUUUCUCAAUGGAUCUUCAUGAAAAUUGGUCAGAAUGUUCACCUUGAUGAUAUCUAGGUCAAGUUCGAAACUGGGUCACGUGGGGUUAAAAACUAGGUCAGUAGAUCUAAAAAUAGAAAAACCUUGUGACCUCUCUAGAGGCCAUAUUUUUCAUGAGAUCUUCAUGAAUAUUGGUCAGAAUGUUCAUCUUGAUGAUAUCUAGGUCAAGUACGAAACUGGGUCGUGUGGGGUCAAAAACUAGGUCAGUAGAUCUAAAAAUAGAAAAACCUUGUGACCUCUCUAGAGGCCAUAUUUCUCAAUGGAUCUUCAUGAAAAUUGGUCAGAAUGUUCACCUUGAUGAUAUCUAGGUCAAGUUCGAAACUGGGUCACGUGCGGUCAAAAACUAGGUCAGUAGGUCUAAAAAUAGGAAAACCUUGUGACCUCUCUAGAGGCGAUAUUUUUCACUGGAUCUUCAUGAAAAUUGGUCAGAGUGUUUACCUUGAAGAUAUCUAGGUCAAGUUCGAAACUGGGUCACGUGGGGUUAAAAACUAGGUCAGUAGAUCUAAAAAUAGAAAAACCUUGUGACCUCUCUAGAGGCCAUAUUUUUCAUGAGAUCUUCAUGAUUAUUGGUCAGAAUGUUCACCUUGAUGAUAUCUAAGUCAAGUUCGAAACUGGGUCACGUGGGGUUAAAAACUAGGUCAGUAGGUCUAAAAAUAGAAAAAACCUUGUGACCUCUCUAGAGGCCAUAUUUCUCAACGGAUCUUCAUGAAAAUUGGUGAGAAUGUUCAGCUUGAUGAUAUCUAGGUCAGGUUUGUAACUGGGUCAUGUGCGGUCAAAAACUAGGUCAGUAGGUCGAAAAAUAGAAAAACCUUGUGACCUCUCUAGAGGCCAUAUUUUUCACGAGAUCUUCAUGAAAAUUGGUGAGAAUGUUCACCUUGGUGAUAUCUAGGUCAAAUUUAAAAGUGGGUCACGUGCCUUCAAAAACUAGGCCAUUAGGUCAAAUAAUAGAAAAACCUUGUGACCUCUCUAGAGGCCAUAUUUUUCAAUGGAUCUUCAUGAAAAUUGGUCAGAAUUUUUUAUCUUGAUGAUAUCUAGGUCACAUGUGCUCAAAAACUAGGUCACUAUGUCAAAUAAUAGAAAUAAUGACGUCAUACUCAGUUCAACACUGGGUCAUGUGGGGAUAGGUGAGCAAUUCAGGACCAUCAUGGUCCUCUUGUUUUAAUUCUGAAUGUGUUGACAUUGUCCUUAAAGAAUCAUGGUUCAGAUUGUAGUGAUACAUCUUUACCUUUAAUUUAAUAAAGGUCGUCAUAUAUUGUGACAACUGUUGGUCACAUAAUCAACUUUUGUACUGGAGAUUUUAACUGACUUAUCUAAUUUGUAAAAAAUAAAGUGUUGCUAUUUUUGGAAGAUAUAUUGUACGUUUUCUCACUUUAGAAAGAAAUUCUCACCAUUAUGCUAUAUUUCUGUAUAUAUUUAUUUCAAUGUCUGGGACAAAAACCACUGUUUUAUAGAAACGUGUUUGAAAUUAUGCAAUUGACGGAAAUGUGUCCCCAUAAAACAAAUUUGUGUGCAUGCCGGAGAGACGUUUAUGUUUCUACAAAACAUUUUUUAAUCAUAGAAUAUUAUGUAUUUAUUGAAAAUGAAAUAUUAAAAAUUGUUGAAAAUUU